AAGGAAAUGACAACACUCAAAAAGUGUAAAGCAAUUUUAGGCAUAUAUACCAACCUACAUAUUCCCCCUCGUGCCUUUAGCUUAAUUACAACUCUACCCCGAGAAUAAUCUAUUUUUCUGCUCACUGUUCUCAAUAUAUCUCGUAAUUUCACCAAUCUUCAAGGGCAUUUUCAGCACGUCCUCCCUCUUCCACCACCUCGCCACCUUCUUCCUCCAAAUUCUCCAUUAACACACAUCAAUACGUUGACGUUUUGAUAUUUGAACGAUGCCGGAGAUAGAAAGGCAUAGAACAAGGCAUAACCGACCGGCGAUUCGAGAACCGGUGAAACCGAGAGUACCACUGAGACUAUUGUUACGAGUAGCUUCGGUUGCCGGUGGAAUUCAAUUCGGUUGGGCGUUACAACUAUCGCUGCUCACACCUUAUGUGCAGGAGCUUGGAAUACCGCAUGCUUGGGCGAGCAUAAUAUGGCUCUGUGGACCGCUUUCAGGUUUAUUGGUUCAGCCUUUAGUAGGUCACAUGAGUGACAAGUGCACAAGUCGGUUCGGUCGUCGGCGUCCGUUUAUUGUCGCCGGAGCAGCAUCUAUCAUGAUUGCGGUGUUGAUUAUCGGUUUCUCCGCUGAUAUUGGAUGGCUUUUAGGUGAUCGAGGUGAAAUAAAAGUGCGUGCUAUAGCGGCGUUUGUUGUAGGGUUUUGGCUUCUCGAUGUUGCUAAUAAUAUGACUCAAGGACCUUGCAGAGCUCUGCUUGCUGAUCUUACACAAAAGGAUCACAGAAGAACUCGGGUAGCAAAUGCAUAUUUUUCCUUAUUUAUGGCCAUUGGUAACAUCCUUGGCUUUGCUACUGGAUCUUACAGUGGCUGGUACAAGAUCUUCCCUUUUACUCUCAAUACUGCAUGCACCAUCAACUGUGCCAAUCUAAAGGCUGCUUUUAUUCUCGACAUUAUUUUUAUUGCAACAACAACAUGCAUUAGCAUAUCGGCGGCCAAUGAGCAGCCUCUAGAUCCCAGUCGUGGUUCCUCUCAUACUGGAGAAGAGAUUGACGAAUCAAGCCAUGGUCAAGAAGAAGCUUUUCUCUGGGAGUUGUUUGGUAUUUUCAAGUAUUUCCCAGGUGUUGUUUGGGUGAUCCUGCUUGUCACUGCCCUGACAUGGAUUGGAUGGUUUCCAUUUCUUUUGUUCGAUACUGACUGGUUUGGUCGAGAAAUUUAUGGCGGUGAACCAAAUGACGGAAAGAAUUAUAGUGCAGGAGUGCGGAUGGGUUCAUUGGGUCUAAUGUUGAAUUCUGUCCUUCUUGGACUAACUUCAUUGUUCAUGGAGAAGCUCUGUCGAAAAUGGGGGGCUGGUUUCACAUGGGGAGUUUCUAACGUGGUCAUGUCUCUCUGCUUUAUAGCCAUGCUUAUAAUUACUGCUGUUAGGAGUAACAUAGACAUUGGCCAGGGUCUUCCGCCGGAUGGAAUUGUGAUUGCUGCGCUGGUUGUAUUUUCUAUUCUUGGGAUCCCACUAGCUAUAACGUACAGUGUUCCAUAUGCUUUAGUAUCCUCAAGGAUUGAAGCUCUUGGGCUUGGACAAGGCUUGUCAAUGGGCGUGCUGAACCUGGCAAUUGUGUUCCCACAGAUUGUGGUUUCACUGGGAAGUGGGCCAUGGGAUGAGCUAUUUGGUGGAGGCAAUUCACCAGCCUUUGUUGUGGCUGCGCUUUCAGCAUUUGCUGGUGGACUUAUAGCCAUCUUGGCAAUUCCUCGAACACGGGUUGAGAGACCCAAGAUCUUUGCAUGAGGCUAUUUUGUCAUAUUGGAAGAUGAAAUUGAUGGUGGUGGUAAUUCUCCACAUUGGCCCUGGCAGGACUUGAUUUUUCUGUUGUGGCCGUUUUGAGUAUUGCUCAAUCUGAAUGCUGAAGAAUUCGCGGAGGUAUACUGUUGUAUUCUAUUUUUUUUAAAAAUUUUAUGAUCAACCCGCAUUUUGCAUUAUCUUUUUGUAAAUAUAGCUCUUCCACGCUCUGGGUAUUGAUCCUAGUGUUCAAGAUG